CUUCUUCUUGUUUUCAAAUAAGAGAAAGUUUUACCGUUGAUUGCAGACAUUCCCGCCAGUCAUCGUUUCAAACCAUGUCGACGAACAGAAGCAGUAGCAGAAGCAGAAACAUCAGCACCAGCAAAGCCACUGCUGAAAUCCCUAACCCUCCAUCCCUUGAUUUAUGGUCACAAAUCGUCGCCGCUGAAAACCUAGACCAAGCCAAUCAAAUCGAUAUCGUUUUUCGCAGAAGAAAGCCUCGAAAUGAACCAAAUCAUGUCAACUCGAAGCAUUCCGAUGAGAUUCCCCGGCGUCCCAGUCGGGUGAGUUUCGCUGAUCCGAAUAAACGAGUUACUUGGAAACGAUCACUUUCCACCAGAGGGAGAACAAGUAUAGCAGUUGGUGCUUCUAUGGUAUAUCAGCCUGAGCUAAAGAAGGACAAAAGAAAAGGCAAACCACCUGCUCAUCCCAAAGGAAAGAAUGUUAAACAACCUAAUUUUGACAAGGAGAUAUCAUACUUUCAAGAGGUUGAUGCUUUUGAGUUGAUGGAGGAGAGCCCCUCUCCGAAGAAAGUUGGGUCAUGGAUUGUAGGCAAUGUGGAAGAAGAGGUCCCAAUACCGCCACUAUGCUCCAGAUUAGAAAGAUGGUUACACUCCAGAAGAUUAAACUCCAGAUGCGGUCCCUCUAGCACACUAUCCAAGAUCCUUGAUACGCCAACAACGAAUUUAGAAACUAUUCGUGAUAUUGAUUUCCAAUUAUCAGACUUGAGAUUGAAAUCACUGGAUCAAAGUGAGCUAAGAAACUCACAACCGCAUAACUUCAAAACUGGAGAAAGUAAAAGAAGUUUAAACGAUGCAAUUCAUAUUAAGAUUGAAGAUUCUGAAGAUAUAGAAGUUGGUGUAAAGAAACUUUCUCUGACAUCAACAUCAUCCUCAAUAUAUGAUGACCAUAAUAACCCAUUUGCCGUUCUUUUAGAAAUUUGUGGACAGUCUGCACCUUCUAUGUUACAAGAUCUGUUCUCUAGAUAUAGUGGUUCAGAAAAAGUUGUGAAAGUUGGCGAAGGAACAUAUGGAGAAGCUUUCAAGGUUGGGAAUUGUGUAUGCAAAAUAGUUCCUUUUGAUGGAGACUUCAGAGUGAAUGGAGAAGUCCAAAAGAGAUCAGAAGAAUUGCUGGAGGAGGUGCUUCUUUGCAAAACUCUUAAUCAAUUAAGAGGAAGUGAUGGACUUUCUAACAAUCUAUGCGGCACGUUCAUAGAAUCCAUAGAAUUUAGGGUAUGCCAAGGUUCUUAUGAUGCAGCUCUGAUUCGAGCAUGGGAAGAAUGGGAUCACAAGCAUAAUUCAGAGAAUGAUCAUCCAAAAGAAUUCCCAGAACAACAGUGCUACAUGGUCUUCGUACAACAACAUGGUGGGAAGGAUCUUGAAAGUUUUGUGCUCCUUAAUUUUGAUGAGGCAAAGACUUUACUGGUUCAGGUUGCAGCUGGGCUUGCUGUGGCCGAGUCUGCCUAUGAAUUCGAACAUCGAGAUCUUCACUGGGGAAACAUACUUGUCAGCCGAAGUGAUGAUUCUGCAAAGUUGCAGUUCACUCUUGAUGGCAGAAACUUGUUAGUCAAAACAUAUGGAUUGAUAAUAUCUAUCAUUGACUUUACUCUAUCAAGAAUAAACACGGGUGAUAGCAUACUGUACUUAGAUCUUUCCUCUGAUCCUGACCUAUUUAAAGGUCCAAAAGGGGACAAACAGUCAGAAACAUAUCGGAGGAUGAAGGAUGUGACUGAAGAUUGGUGGGAAGGAAGUUUUCCUAAAACAAAUGUUUUAUGGUUGGUCUACUUGGUAGACAUACUCCUCACGAAGAAAUCAUUUGAACGUACUUCAAAGGAUGAGAGAGAUCUGCGCUCCUUGAAGAAACGUCUCGACAAGUAUGAUUCGGCCAAGGAAGCAAUUUUUGAUCCUUUCUUCACUGACUUGUUUGUUGAAUCUGACCUAAUGGCUUAAACGAGAUAAACCGCUGCUAUUUACUUGUUAAUUAUGACAGGAUUUAGUUGAGCCGUUGAUUUUUUGUUAACUUGUUAGAUUUCUAGCUCAUCUUUUUGUAUAUAUGCAUCCCCUAUAGACUUAUAUGAAUGGAUUCCACUAAACUUUUGUGGGAUCAACAUAAUUUAGUGGGAUUAAUUUAAAUUUCAACUAAUGCAAGAAUGUGUUGAAAAAUAUAUUACAUUCAAGUUUUCCUCCCGUUAUUCAUGUGGCGUAAGU